AUUUGUUGAUUUUGCAGAGUGUGACAGAAAUAAAAUACUGUAUGUGCCACCAGAAAACACCGCCUCUUCUGUGUGUGCAACAUCUAGGUAUAAUAAUAAUAUCUGCUAAUACCAAUUCCAUAAUAAUAUCUGCUAAUACCAUUUCUGCUAAUGUACAUUUUCGGACAGCAAAAAAAAAAAAAACUUUGGAGAAUGCGGGCAUCGAUCCCGCUACCUCUCGCAUGCUAAGCGAGCGCUCUACCAUUUGAGCUAAUUCCCCUUCCUGUUUGAGACGUCAUGUCUGUCAGUACUUAGUAUUUACCCUAAAUACUAAGUACUGUAUGCGACUCUUACACGCUCGUCUAAAACGAAAAUUAGUUCAUAUAUAUUCUUUCAUUAUAGCCAAGACAUUAUAUUAACACAUUUUUUACUAUACAACAUACUCCAUUUACCAGAUAUCCAGACUCAAAAUAUACUUGCAAAGCGAGAUAACAUAUUGCAUGGGAAAUGGCUCCGAGGUUAAAAAAAUAAGUUUUCCUUAGAUUUGAGGUUAAAUAUUUACGACGAAAUAAUUUACCAGAUAAACUUAUCGAGAAAAGGUACAAGCACCGAGUUUAACAAAUUCACGAGGUCUGCAACGUACGCAGCCAAAAACAAAGGAAGCUAUACAAAUACAACUUUACAGUAUAGCGUACGAUAAAAUGACGUCCGUAUCGGCCGACUGUCUUUAUCAUCACAGUCACACUACAACAGCCUAGGACUUUUCUUCAGCCGUAAAUGAGAGAGUCUUCCACUGCUGAUACCGUCAGCAGCAGUGUGAUGAGACGCGACAGACAUCUGCAGUGAUACCGAGUCAGGAACGGGACAGCUGCACUAGAAGACGCGUCCGUCCACUGGAGCAAUAAUAACUUUAUCUCAUCUCAACAUAAAACGCGUCCUUUCGUGAUGAUGAUCUUGGGCCUGGAAACCAUUACCUGCACACUGUUGUUCCUUUCACCCUUUGUGACCACCUACCCAGCCGACUUGGAAAAAGGACGGAGGAGAGUGGUUCAUGUAAUGGAGGAUGAUACUGGGGCAGUGAUAGUCCAGACUGCUCCAGGUAAGGUGGUCACCCAUCGUGGUGGCACAAUCACCCUUCCCUGCCGUUACCACCAUGAACCAGAGAACGUCGACCCUCACCGCAUUCGCAUCAAAUGGACAAAAGUUUCUGACGCUUUCCAGUUUGAAGACGUGUUUGUAGCACUGGGGCGAAAACAGAAGGUAUUUGGGUCCUACCGUGGCCGUGUGUCUCUGGAGAGGGCAGGGCCAGGAGACGCUUCGGUUAUAAUUCACAACAUCACCUUGCAAGACUAUGGCCGCUAUGAGUGUGAGGUCACCAAUGACAUGGAGGACGACACAGGAUUUGUCAAUCUAGACCUUGAAGGUGUUGUGUUUCCAUACUACCCUCCAUCCGGACGCUACAAACUAAACUACCACCAGGCUGAGGAUGUGUGCCGACAGCAAGAUGCAAUUCUGGCCUCCCAUGCACAACUACACAAGGCUUGGCUGGAGGGCUUGGACUGGUGUAAUGCCGGCUGGUUAGAGGAUGGCUCGGUCCAGUACCCCAUCUCCCAUCCUCGAGACCAAUGUGGCCGUAAGGACAGCCCUCCCGGUGUCCGCAACUAUGGCUACAGGCACAAAGAUGACGAACGCUAUGAUGCUUUUUGCUUUACCUCGAACCUCAACGGACAUGUUUACUUUCUCAAACGUUUUAAGAAGGUAAACUACCUUGAGGCAGUAAAGGCAUGUCAACGUGAUGAUGCAGUGAUAGCCAAAGUCGGACAACUGUAUGCCGCUUGGAAAAUCCAGCUCUUGGACCGUUGUGAGGCAGGAUGGGUGGAAGAUGGCAGCAUUCGUUACCCCAUUGUCAAUCCUCGAACCCGCUGUGGGGGCCUAGAACCCGGUGUCCGAAACCUAGGUUUCCCUGAUAAGAAGUUCCGCCUCUAUGGAGUCUACUGCUUCCGCAGAAACACUGAUGUCCAGUCAACACAGGCUCCGAAAGAAACCACAUCCAAACCAGCCAACAGCACCAGAAGUAUCUGAAAGCGCAAAAUAAUAAUUACAUCCUGGCUUUCAUGUUUGACAGAAAAGGCUUUUUUGCACACUUGCUAGGCUACUAGGCAGCUAGGCUAGCGCUGAACUCGGGGCAUAAUUGAGCUUGUAUAUUUUCAUUCAAUUGUAAUGAGGUGUCAAUCAUCUCUACAUUGUGAAAUUUAGCAACUUUUUUCCUCAGAGACAUCACUAUGGCACAAUGUAUAAGCUUAAAUGUUUCACAGUAUACCCUGCAUGCAGAGAAAGCAGAACUUAGCCUUGAGGUUUUCAAUUUGUUUUGUUUUUGCUGUUUCCCAAGGAAAACAAAAGCAACGUUUAUUAAUGCUAAGAAAAUAGGAGAGCUAAUUUAGCCUUAUAGUAAGUGUAGCAAAUUAGCAAUAAUAUGGAAGCUUGUUUCCACCACAGAAUAAAAAAUAAAAAAGGUAAUUGAGACCUUUUAUCUCACAAUUCUGACUUUUUUUCUUGCAAUUGCGAGUUUAAGUCUUGCAAUUCUGAGUAAAAUUGCGAGAUAUAAAGUAACAAUUGCGUAUUAUAAAGUCAGAAUUGUGUGAUAUAAAGUUGCAAUUGCGAGAAAAAAUAAGAAUUUUGAGAGAAAAAGUCGCAAUUCUGAAAUACAAAGUCACGAUUGCGAGUCAUAAAGUCAGAAUGGCAUGAUAUAAAGUCGUAAUUGCAAGUUAUAACGUCAGAAUUGUGAGAUGAAAAGUCGUGAUCAUCUUUUAAUUUUUUUUUAUUCCAUGGUGAAAACAAGCUUUUAUACAAUAGCCCUCACUGACCUGAUGAUGAGAAAGCGAUAAAGGACAAAACUCGCAUCAGAUGCUAGCAUGAACUGGCUAGCUUGGCUGGGCUUAGCUUGCUUAUUAAAAUGAACUUUCACAGUUGUUGCCACCUAAGCAAGUAGCAAAACUGAUUAGCUUUGCCAAUUACUAUGCACAUAACACUCAUUUUUGAUAAUUUUUGAAUGACCUUGCAAGCAAUAAUAGAAUUAAGCAUGAUAUUUUUAGAUGUUUAUUACACUGAUAAAGCUAAAAUAUUGUGAAUGACAGACUUACAUAUAAGCUGCUUUACUACCUCUUAGUGGUUGACAAUUGCACUGUUCGUUCAGUAUUGCACAGUAUUGUUAAUGAUGAUGCAUUUUAGAAUAAAGUUAUUUACCUGUU